AACAUGUUCAAUGUCAGUCUUAGGAUAUGCGCAGGAGUUGGUGGCUCAUUGUCAGUGCUGAAAUGUCAGAUACAGUCAAUUCCUUUCCUCUCCAAAGAACAGCAAUGUGAUUUAUCUGUGUGUGUGUGUGCGUGCGUGCGUGCGUGCAUGUGUGUGUGUUCAUGUGGCACUCCUUCAUCACUCUCCAACCAGUGUCACUGUGCCCUCUCCCCCUCACAGAGAAAGAAGAAGCUACACAUGAUAGGGUUGUUUUAACAGCACUCAGCAGUUAUAAGCACCAGCCAGUCAAAGAAUCACUUGGCUAACCUUGCUAGCGUGGUGACAUCAUCAGUGUGUGUGUAAGUGUGUGUGUGUGUGUGUGUGUGUGUGUGUGUUGGUGGGGGUGGGAGAUGGAGGUGGUACUUGCCAGCAGUCUCUUAUGGCUACCAUAGUAACGCGUGAGGAUAGAGUGUAGAGAGAGAGUCGGCUACAAGUCAGAUGCUACAACUCAAGCAGAACGCACAUAGCUCUUCAGGGGGGUCGAGAUGAGUGAGGAAGAAGAGCAGCUUCAGGCGAAGACCUCUGAGGAGGAAGAGGACGAGGAGGAAGAAGACGAGGAGUCGAAAAUAUGCCAGGUGUGUGGGGACCAGGCCAAUGGCUACCACUUCAAUGCCAUGACCUGCGAAGGCUGCAAGGGCUUCUUUAGACGGGCUAUGAAGAGGCCAGCGACCUUCUGCUGCCCUUUCCAGAAGAAUUGUGUCAUCACCAAGAGCAACCGGCGGCAGUGUCAGGCCUGUCGCCUGCAGAAGUGUCUCUCCAUUGGCAUGAGGAAGGAGAUGAUCAUGUCGGACCAGGCGGUGGAGGAGCGGCGCUGGAAUAUCAAGAGGAAGAGGCUGAUGGCCGAGCCCAUACUGCUGUCGCCCCAGCAGGAGAAGCUCAUUCAGGAACUGACCGCAGCUCAUGAGCAGACCUUCGACCGGACCUGCUCCCACUUCCACCAGUUCCGCCCCCUAGAUAGGUGUACAGCCUCAGUCAGCAACCAAACACAGCAGGGCUCUACGUCCUACUCAAUGCCAUUAGGAGGGAGUGACUGCGGCUUUAGCUCCGAAGGCCCAGGCUCCUCAUCCUCAUCUUCAUCUUCAAGCUCCGUGACGUGCGACGCUGGGCAGGCGCCAGACGAGAAGUGUAAGAAACCGGUCUUCACCUCGCUGUCGCACGUCAACGACCUCAGCACGUACAUGAUCCAGAACGUCAUCAACUACGCCAAGAUCAUAACCGCCUUCAGGGGUCUGACGAUGGAAGACCAGAUCUCGCUACUCAAAGGAGCCAUGUUUGAGAUGGUGCAGAUCCGCUUCAACAUGCUCUUCAAUAACAAGACCGGGAUCUGGGAGUGCGGCAGCCUCCACUACUGCAUGGAUGAUGCCUAUCGGGCGGGUUUCCAGCCCCACCUGCUGGACCCUCUGAUGAAGUUCCACUACACACUGCGGGGCCUUGAGCUGCAUGAUGUGGAGUACACACUAAUGCAGGCCAUCUCCCUCUUCUCCCCAGACCGCCCUGGGGUCACAAGCAGUGAUGUCAUCAGCUGUCACCAGGAGAACCUGGCCGUCACCCUGCUGGCGUACAUCGAGUCCAAGAGGACGGACAGUGAUAAACAUACUGCAACUGUCCCACAAGCAUCCAUGGAAGAAACAAAAGGGGAACAUUGCAACCUGCUGUUCCCCAAGAUCAUGGCGUGCCUGACGGAGAUGCGGACGAUGACUGAGGAGUACAGCAAGCAGGUGAUGCAGAUCCAGGACGUCCAGCCAGAGUUGUCACCGCUCAUCCUGGAGGUGGUCAGCCAAGACAGCUAACUAUGGCAACGGCUAGCCGCCUCAGACAGCUAGCUAAGAUAAAUGACAGCUGUUAUGAUGUAUGGAGGACACUGGAACUUUCUCUCUCACAUUCUCACAUACACACACACUGUACAAAUCUGAGAUGGAGAUUUUUUUUUUUUCUCGUUUGGAAUGGCCUGGCUGCCUCAUGUAGACAUUGAACCAAACCUCAACUGAACAUUGACAUUUUACCUCAACAAUUCUUUAAGUGUGUCCUUGCUCAGAGAUGAGGUGACACAAGUGCUUGACUCUGGAGCAAACAAUGGACAUGACACACACACACACACACACACACACACACACACACACACACACACACACACAAAUACCAAUCCAAUGCUGCUAUGGAAUUUAAAGGGAUCACAUAAAGUACUAUUGGAGGUUGUCAUCAACAUAAGUAAUAUUUUUGAAUAUGGAGGAUUAAGGCACUGGGAACAAAAAUGAAACAAAAACCUGAAGCCUCAUGACAUUCUGUAUACAUGUUCCUUACAGGUGUCCUUAAUAAUGAGACAAUCCAGACAUCAUGGGAUUGAAUUGAAUAAGCUCAAACCCUAUAUGCUAUGUAAGGGAUAAUGUAUUGUCCGCCGGUAAUUAUCAGAAAAUAAGUCCCAACAGGGAGAACAGA